GUAAAAGCCCUUUAACCUCCUCAGUCAGUCAGUUCCCCUCUACACUAGACCGGUGGUGAUUCACCGGCCGAGCGGAGCCAACGAGCAAUCCUACAAGCAUAUAAAAUACUACUCGUUGAGAACCGAAAAGCCUCAGUUGGCCAGGCUGCUCGAAAAGCUGUCUCCGUUACAAAGCCUAUUACCCAUUACAACCUCCAGGACUACCGCGUGAUUGACCAGAUAUUCCUCUUGAUAACCGUAUUCUUAGCGUCCAAAUUGGUAAUUUCACUCCCCCGUCGAACCCACUCACCCCCGUUUCCUCAAAUCAAACCGGCACCGGACCACUACCAUUCCCCCAACACCCCUCCCACCCGGCCCCUCUCUUCCAAGCCCUUCCCCUUUUCUUCUUUCUCUUGAACAGAAAGACAGAAGGAAAAAAGAGAGGGAAAAAUCUCAUCAAGAACCAGAUCCGCUUGCCUUCCCUGAAAUUUAUAUAGAAAAACCCUACCGUUUCAAUUUGAAUCAAUCAGCAUCGUAUUGAUUCAAUUAAAAGAAUUGGAGAGAGAGAGAGAGGACUCUCUCAACCAGCAAGAAUGGGAGAUUUCAAUUUGGCGCUGGUGAUUGUGGCAAUAGUUGUCUGUGUUUUGGUGUUCAUCUUCAACAUUUACCUGCUAAUUAAUUAUCAGCAUCCCGAUGACGUCAACCAGGCUUAUUUCCCAAAAUUUGUUGUCGUUUUGGGCCUCUCCAUUGCCGCCAUCUCCAUUCUCAUGCUGCCUGCCGAUGUGGCUAACCGGCAGGCAUGUCGCCACGCUAUUUAUAAUGGCGCGUGUAAACUCACGCUACCGAUGAAGGAUCUCUGGCUUGCAGUCUACAUCGCUGAUGCGAUUUUGGUUUUCUUCGUUAUUCCUUUCGCUAUGUUUUAUUAUGAAGGCGACCAGGAUAAGAGUGUGGGCAAGAGGAUUAAAAGUGCAUUAUGGUGGGUGAUAACUACUGCGAUCGUUUGUGCCCUGGUGCUUGGCAUUUUAUAUGGACUGGUUGGAAAGGUGGAUUUCACGGUCAGACACCUCUCCUCGGGCACAGCUUCAUUUCCAAGUUCAUGGGACUUCUCUAGUGGUCAACCAUGUGUAGGAAAUGGUGUACGCCAGUGUUCUGCAUAUUCUGCAAGUCCUUCAUCUGAGACCACAUGGAGCAUGCGCGCUACCUUCCCAGAAUAUGUUGUUGCUUUGGCAACAAUAGUCGGAUCUGUACUUUUUACGAUUUUUGGAGGGGUUGGAAUAGCCUGUCUCCCACUGGGACUGAUAUUCUCCUUUAUUAGACGUCCAAAGGCAGUUAUCACUCGCUCACAGUAUAUCAAGGAAGCAACUGAACUAGGUAAGAAAGCAAGAGAAAUGAAGAAGGCGGCUGACGCACUUCAUCAGGAAGAAAGGAGUGGCAGCAAGGGAAGGAAAUGGCGUAAAAAUGUCAAGGCUGUAGAAAAGGAAUUACUACUUCUGGAAGAUGAUGUCAAGGCUUUAGAGGAGAUGUACCCUCAAGGUGAAAAGGCUGAGGCUGCUUGGGCCAUGACCGUUCUUGGCUACUUGGCCAAAUUUGUGUUGGGAAUCUUAGGGUUGAUUGUUUCAGUUGCUUGGGUUGCACAUAUCAUUAUAUAUUUGUUGAUUAGGCCUCCACUUUCUGCAUUCCUGAAUGAAGUUUUCAUCAAAUUGGAUGACGUUUGGGGUCUUUUGGGUACGGCAGCAUUUGCAUUCUUCUGCUUCUAUCUACUACUUGCAGUGAUUGCUGGUGCCAUGAUGCUUGGCCUGAGAUUAGUUUUUAUUACAAUUCAUCCUAUGAAGUGGGGAGCUACACUCAUGAACUCGUUUCUUUUCAAUGUUGGCCUCAUCCUCCUUUGCUCUAUCAGUGUAAUUCAGUUCUGUGCGACUGCGUUUGCAUACUAUGCUCAAGCUACUGCAGCUCAAGAAAUAUUUGGUCACACAUUGCAAUCACUUCGGGGAAUUAAAUAUCUAUACAAGUACAACGUUUUUCAAAUUGCAUUCAUUGUUCUAGCUGGGCUGACCUUUGUGUACUACUUAGCUUUUGGUUGGAGAAGAAAGAAGCCCAGUGGCAGGUUCCAGCUGUCGUCUUAAAUUAUUCAUUUCCUCAAAGUGCAUGCUUCCAACAAUGGACCUUUUGGAGCUUGAGUUUGGACAUUGUAAGAGCAGUUUGAUAUUCGGAUAUGCACGUGUCGUUUUGUUUUAUCUCUUCUUCCUGAGCAGACGGGCAUCAUCCAUGGUCGAAUUUGGUUGCUGUAGCGAUACUGCUGCUUGACUGGUUUUGCACUUUUUGUAUGUAUUGUUGGUUUGAUUAAGUUACACACUAGCUUGUGUAGUUUGUUGCGGGUGGGGGGCUGCUUACAGUUAUACAUGAUGUAUCAUAUGGUCAACGAGAACGAAUCAUUUGUAGUCAACACUAAUCAGAUUGUCACAUCUUUUCGUUUCCUCUUCGACCUCAAGUAACAGAUGCUUUGAUGGAUUAAACAUUAUGUUGUAAAGCCUGCAAACGAGGUUGGAUGCUUUUAAUUUGGAUAAUUUGAUUCUGCAACUUUAGAUUUUCUAUUGAA